GCAAACCAACAACAGGGCGGAGCUCUUCAGCCUGAUCAGCUUCGUCAACGCCACGGAGGGUAAGGCCAGCUUCUGGACCGACAGCGAGGUCACCUGCCUGGGCUGGGCGGCGCGACGUGAGGAGACCACAGGGCUCGGCUGCACGAACGGGGACUUGUGGCACCAGCUGGGCGAGGCGAUCCGUGCGCGAGGAGGCGACCGCAACGACAUCAGCGUGCACCACCUCAACAGCCACAUGACUGAGCAGGAGGCCAUCGCGAAGGGCAUCACGAGGCGCAUCUGGGCAGGCAACCAGGCCGCCGACCAGUACGCAGACGCAGGCGCCAAGACCCACGCGAUCAGCGACACCGAGAUGAGCUGCUACGAGUGGGUGAGAGCGACGGCGCACCUGGUGAGGCUCAGGAUCGCUGCAACCACCAAGGACGUCAUCACCAGAAGGCCGCCAGACGAGAAGGAGAUGAGGGAGGCCCGCCGCGCUCAGGCUAAGAAGCGACGGCAGGACACCGUGCGCAAGAAGGACCUGCUGGGGGACAACCACUCGCGGCGGCCACUCACACAACAUGUCCUGGCACGAGAUCGUCGAGGCACAGGAUGGACGUGCAUAACCUGCUGGCAGUCAGUCUCCAGUACGACGACGGCGCAGAACAUCCACAGCUGGCUGACGCAGGAGUGCAGUGGCCCACCGCCCGAGACGGCGAUCACGGUCACCAAGUUCGGCAUCGAGUCGCACCCCACGCACAUGCUGAGGCGGCUGAGGAGGCACAACAGGUGGUUCUGCGAGAAGUGCGGAGGCGCCACCACCGAGCUGAUCGCCAAGAAGCUGCAGGAGCCUUGCUGCGGUCACACGGCAUGCGAAAGCGGACACUACAGACUACAGGGGUGGCUGAGACAAGCGGCGCGAGAGCAGGGCACCUGCGACAGGCAUCGCGCACUGAGCGACCCUGAGGACGAGGAGUACGAGGAGCAGCUUACAGAGGUAAGCAGUAGCCAGAGCACGGAGGUCGACACGGCAGGGGGCACAAGCGACCAGGAGAGCUACGACGCCUGCGGAGCCCAGCAGCCCGCCCGCCCCUCCUGCUGCAGGAGCAGACCGAGGGCGUGCGGCGCGGGACAGGACUCGUCGGGCCGCGUCGGCCAGACCGAGAGCGCGCUGCGAGGCAGCGAGCGCGCGGCGAGGGGGGCCCGCGCGGCGAGCGCCGCCCCGCCGCUGCCGCUGGGCGCGCUGCGCCGGCUGCUGGACGAGGGCGAGCGGCCCGCGGGGCGGGGCUGGGCUGCGGAGCCGCCCGCGGGCCCCUCGGCUGCUCGGCACGUCCCCUGA